AUAUGGUUUUACUGCACACACAGCAGACGAUCAAGCAAAGUUGCACCGCUGCUGUUUGGGCACUCGAUUAUUGUCUGACCCUUGAACAUGAAGUCCGUCUAUUUAGCAAGAUGGGUCGUUGGAACAUUACGACUGUCAUGUUCAUCGUAGCUAGAUAUGUUCCGAUAUGCUUGACUACAUACCGGACUGCUGGAGUGUCCUUGCUUCUCAUCAUGUUAGCUGCUGAAGGCCUGCUUCUCAUGCGUACACUUGCUUUAUGGCACGACAAUAGGAAGAUAAAGCGGUUUUUAUGGGCAAGCUACUUGGUAAUGUUUCGCCAGUUUGUUGUCCUGAUGAGUGAUUCAAUGGAGCUUGAAGGUCUACUGCCAUCUCCACAGUCAUUUGUGGUGCAAUUACGACGCCUCUUCUCGAAAGCGCAUGUGUGCCCACAUCAACUCAGAGCGAUCUAAACGUUGCCACCAAAUUGGAGCGCCUGGUAAUGGGAGGAUUUGUCAGUACAGCGUUGUUUGAGCUCACGGUGGCUGCUAUCACAGUGUAUCAUUCAAUUCAAUUACGCUCUGAUGACAUGUACACCCUCUAUAAACUAGCCCCGACCUUAUCGAAGGGGAGUUUGGUAUAUGCGCUGUCGCUUUUUGCAAUCUCUGUUGCAAACAUUGUUUUUUUUUCCUUGCAGGUACGUAGUUUCUAUACACUCUACCAUGGCU